AUGAGCCGUUUGGCUGUUGAAAAUUAUGUUGUAUUCGGUGUUGUUGUUGUAGCAAUAACAGUAACAUUUCAAAUUGUUUCACUGCCUUUUAUUUUUUCUGAAAUCGAUUCCAUUCGUAGAGAAUUCGAUGGAGAAAUUAAGGAUAGUUUGAAAAUGUUCGAAGAAUCAUAUGAGCAAUUGUCUGAAAUUCGACCAUCUUCGAUGAGAAGAGAAAGAGAUAUUGCAUUACAGUAAGUUUCAAAUGUGAUGUGAAUUAUUUUUUGAAAAAUUAUAAUUUUUCAGAAUGGUGGCCGAUGCAACUUCUGUUGGACCAGCAGAUCAUCCAAUAAAAGCAGAAGGUUCAAAAACUCGUCGUGUUCAAAAUCCAUUGAAAUCAUAUGCAGCAAUUCCACCUCUUCCCCCAAUUUUACGAACAACAAAACAACAAAGAACUUCAACAUUUCAAAAAUUAUCAGUGAAACCAACACCUUAUCCACAAAAACAGAAACAAGUAAUUGAAUAUGAAGACGGUGAUUAUGAAGAAGAAUCUGAUACGAUUAUUGCAGAAAUUCCAAAAGUUUUGCCGAAAAGAAAAGUUCCACAUUCGCCAGCUCCACCAGCUUCGCAUAAUCUUCCUAGUGAGUUGAUCAACUUUUUUUUGAAAUCUCAUGUUAUUUUUUUGCAGUCUGCCCAAUUGAAGAGAAUAGAUGUCCGGUUGGUUCACCUGGUCCACAAGGACAAAAAGGAGUUGCUGGAAUAAAUGGUGAAGACGGAAAUGAUGGUGGUCCGGGAUUAGAUGCAAUGGAUGAACUUAUCCCAACUUUUGCACAAUUUUGUAUUUCUUGUCCAGCUGGUCCAGACGGGAAACCAGGUAUAAAUGGUCAACCGGGAAAACCUGGACUUUUUGGUGCCCCAGGGAUUCCUGGACCAAACGGAAAAAAUGGACAACCUGGUUUACCCGGUGGUUAUGGACCACCUGGAAAACAGGGAAAUAUGGGAACUCGUGGUCCUGUUGGUGUGAACGGAUUCGAUGGUGUUGUAUUACUUCCACAAAAAGGGCCAAAAGGACCAACAGGAAAAGCGGGACCACAUGGACAAGCUGGAGAAGAUGGAACGAAUAAUAAUAUUGAGGGACCAAGUGGUAUUAUUGGUUAUCCUGGAUUACAAGGAGCUCCAGGAAAUGUUGGAUUACCGGGUAAACGAGGAGAUUUUGGACCACAAGGAGAACCGGGAAUUGGAACAAAAGAGGAAUGUAAAUGUGCUGAUAUGAUAAAAAGAGCGAUUGAAGUAGCUGAAAAUACAGCGUAUGUUGCGGUUGAAGCAAUUGCAGCAAAUAUUCAUAAAGUUCCACCAACUAAACCUGAAAUUCGAAGAAAUCCAAUCAAACCAACUCUGCCUUUACCAUCUCUAGAAGAUGUUCGAAGAGAUCAAAUGAAUCCGGAAAAACGAAAUAAUCGAGUUGAAGAAGUGAAAACAAUUGAAAGAAUGGUAUUUGAAGAACCAAAACGAGCUCAUUUACCAAAAGUUAAGGAUUAUAUUAAACCAAUGAAAGAAGAUGAAGAAUUGACGAUAUCAACAACUACAGUAGUUCCAGAUGUGAAAAUAAAGGAAAUUCGAACAACGAUUAUGACACCACGAAAAACUUUGCCGAUAAGAUUAAUUGAAACUGUUGAUGAAGAAUCGAAACAUCAAACAAAUCAAAUAAGUUCUGCUAAAUUCAUCGAUCGAAAAUAUCCAAAAUGGAGAAAAGAAGGAAGUGCAAAAGUUCGCAAAGUUCGAAGAAGAAUUAGAAAAAUAAAUAGAAGAAGAAGUCCAAUUCGAAUAGAAAAAAUCCGAGAGGAUAACAUGUUUGAUGUUGAAAAAGAAAUUGCUCGAGAUAGCGAGAAGAAAAUCAAUAAUAGGAAGGAUAGUAAACUGAAGAGAAUUGAUUUGACACCAUCGAAAAAUCUUGUCGAACAAAACAAAGAGAAUAGUAAUAUUUUGGAAGAGAUUGCCAAAAGUUUAGGAAUUAUUGAUGAAGAAAAGAUCGACAAGAAAAACUUGAAAAGAGUUAGCAUACCAUAA